UGCUAAACAGUUAAACUUGAAUGAAGGCACGGUUAAUGCAGUUUCGUGCAUGUUUGAAAUUCGUCCUACUUACUAUUUUGUAUUUCUGUUGUGCUAUACAAAAUUAUUCAGCCUUAGCAUCAAAAUUUCGAAAUGAAGAAGAAGUCAGUUUUUAGGUUUCCGGCGUGAAUUUAUGAUCCCUUAAGCUCUCCGAAAUUUUUGCUACCAAGAAAAUUAUAUUCGCGGUUUGUUUAUAAGUUCGGUUAUUUUGAAAGAUGCUAAUUAUUAUACGAAGGAAUACUUGACAUCUUUGAGAACAUGUGUUAAGUGAUAUAUGUGUGAUCCUUGUGGCAUAUUUGUAUGUUUUACCAGUUGUGUGAGAAGUUUGCCCAAGAAUGUCUGUGUCCUCCAAAAAGCAUUGGAAGCUGCAGGAAUUUGCAGCUCAUUCAGCCAAUGUCAACUGUUUAUCGUUUGGUCGGAAAUCAGGCCGUGUUUUAGUAACUGGUGGAGAUGACAAGAAGGUUAAUCUGUGGGCAGUUGGAAAACCUAACUGCAUCAUGAGUAUACCUGGACACACUACUUCUGUAGAAUGUGUUAGUUUCGAUCCUAGAGAAAUUAUGGUAUGUGCAGGCUCUUUAUCUGGUGCUCUUAAAGUUUGUGAUCUGGAAGCUUCAAAAAUUAUUAGAACUCUGACAGGCCAUAAAGCAGGAAUUCGAUGUUUAGAUUUUCAUCCAUAUGGAGAUUAUAUUGUUUCUGGCCUGUCUCUUGAUACAAAUAUUAAGUUGUGGGAUGCAAGAAAGAAAGGUUGUAUAUAUACUUACAAAGGCCAUAGCAAAGCUGUCAAUACCCUAAAAUUUAGUCCAGAUGGUAAAUGGGUAGCCUCAGGUGCAGAAGAUGGUUCUGUGAAACUUUGGGAUCUUAGUGCUGGUAAACUUCUAACAGAAUUUCAUGGCCAUACUGCAUCUGUAUCAGGUGUUGAAUUUCAUCCAAACGAGUUCCUCUUAGCUAGUGGUAGUGCUGAUAGGUCUGUAAAAUUUUGGGAUUUAGAAUCCUUCCAGCUUGUGUCUACUUCUGGUGGAGAUGGUCCUCCCGUGAGGUGCGUAUGUUUUCACACAAGUGGGUUAUGUAUGUUCAGUGGAUGUCAGGACAUAAUGAAAGUUUAUGGCUGGGAACCAAGUUGUACUUAUGAUUCUGUUCUGACUGGCUGGGGAAAAGUUUAUGAUAUGACAAUGUCUCAAAACCAGCUGAUUGCAGGUAGUUUCUCCAUGAAUAGUGUCUCAGUAUAUGUUGUUCAACUGGAUACUUUGAAGCCAUUCUCAAAAGUAGAUAACAGUAAUGUGGCAUAUAUUCCAAAUCAGUGCCUAAAUCCGAUGCCUGGUACUCAUCUGCGAAAAAAUUUUGAAAAGGAAUCAGGGAACAGGAAACUAACGUCUUUGGAUAUGAAAAUUGUUGAUAGUGCCAAUCAGGAUUAUGAUGUUGAAAAUGAUAAUUUCAAUUAUGAUGAUAUUGAAGUGAUUGAUGGAGAACAAGUGUUCGUUCCAAAAAGUGAAUUGUGUCGUACCCCACCUAAGAGUGAUCCCUUCCCAAUCCCCUUGGAUGUAUCUGAACCUGUAAAAGGGGACUUCUUUAUUAAAAGUGUUGAAAAAGAGACUAAAUCUAUAUCUGUACAGUCAACAUAUACUGUCACUGAAAUACCUGAAAAACUAUCUAAAUCUCCUGUUUCAUCUCCAAUUAAGAGUGGAUCUCCAUUAAGAAGCCAUUGUGUUCCAACUACUAUCUCUUCCCCUUCUACAAAUAUAAGAUCUCCUAUGUAUACUCCAUUUAGUAAUGUUCCUGAUACAUUUAGUUCAAAGCCUACAUUUGGUGGUGACAGAAAUGUGCAAGGAAUUAAGAAACCUUGUGAAAGAGCAACUGCAAUCAGGUGGUCUGGUUAUCCCCCAGAAGCUGUGUCUAUUGUACGGCCUACUACAUUUGUGCCUGACAAAGAUACCUUCAUGCAGAGAGUAGUAAUGUAUCCAGAUCAUAUGAAAGCAAAACCUGUUUCUGUUGCACCUGACUAUGUCCCAGAGCAAAGGGAUAAGCCUGUUGGUUUAGAUGUGGAUGAUUUUUUGCCAAAAUCAAUGCAACAGUUUCUUGGAAUUAGUCAGUCUGUUCAGCCAGAAGUUACUGAAGCUGAAGCAAUGAAUGUUAUUUGCCGGGAACAUCAACCUCUUCUAAUGGUUUUUGAGAGUAGGCUAAAAAAAAUUCAAAUUAUCAUUGCUGUCAUGAAAUCUAAAGGCAUUAAGACUGCCACUGAAAAUGCCGUUAGUAUGAAUGAUCCAGCAAUUCUUGUAGACUUUUUAUCCGUUAUAACUCGACGGCAAGACUUAUGGACAUUAGAUUUGUGCCAACUAUUAUUGCCUUCUAUUCAGGAUCUUGUACAAAGCAAAUAUGAAACAUAUAUGUCUGUUGGAUGUUCUUGUGUAAAACUUAUUCUUCAUAAAUUUGGUGAAUUAAUAAAAACAAAUAUUGAUGCACCCCCUCGCAUUGGAGUUGAUCUUUGUGGAGAUGAAAGAUUGACGAAGUGUAAGAAUUGUUAUGAACAACUUCUAGCAAUUCAGUCUUUUAUUUUAAAACGACAAACUAUGCAAGGAAAAUUAGGCCAAUCAUUUCGUGAACUUCUGACUAUGAUGUGCACUGAAUUUAAUAAUAGUAUGUGAUUUUUGCUUUUAUAGAAUAAGAAUUAUUCAGAAGUCUGAUUGAAAAAAAAAACUGGAUCUUUUUUAUUACUGCUUGUGAUAUUGAUGUGGCCUUCUGUCCUCAUAAAGACUAGAACAUUCAUUGCCUUCAAUUGAAACAUUCCAUGUGCCAUUUCUAUUUUCACUGUGGCAAUGACCAUUGAAAAAAGAAGACUGAAUUUUUACCAAUAAUGUGCAUAUGUAAAUAGUUAAUUCAUUUGUGCUUUCGUGUGAGUCCCUUUGGAAAGAUAAACUUUGAAUAAAUAAAACAUUUAGAAAGCUUUGGAGCUUGUAUUGAUAUAUUUAUUUAAUAAUCAGGGCUUUUUUGCUGAUGUUAUUUAAACAGUGUAACAUUUCUGCAUAUUAAAACAUUCGUAGGAUUUAUAUUGAAAGGUAAAUAGAAAUUGAUAUACAUAGUUUUGCUUCACUAAUAGCACUAAUAAAAGUGAUAUUUUAUACCUGUUGUAUUUAUUAUUUGCACAUAUAAUUUUAAAUUCUAAAAGCUAUUUUUUGAAACUGCUCUCUACUGAUUAAUUAUAUUAAAUAAUUAUGAAUUAAUAACAGCUUAUUACGUUUGAAUUUUAAAAUAUAUUUUUAAAAUUGUGAAUUAUGUAUUGGGACAGUUGUACAUGUUGCUUUUGUAAUAUUAUCAUUUAGAGGAUGCAUAUUUGAUAUAUAAUUCAGGUUUUACUGAAUAUAAAAGAAAGUUAUUAAAAAUUUUAUAAAUUACAAUCAGUGUGCUGUUAUUGGACUGUUUGUAGCAUAUAGAAUUAGAAAUGCUUUGAGCAAAUACUUUUGUUAAUCAGAAUAUACUUUAUGAAAGUUUUAUGUUUUAAAACUGAAAUUUAGUUUUCUUACAAAUUUCCAGUUGAUGAGCUUUUAACUUCAUUUCUGACAUGAAGGUUUAAUAAACUUACUAUGUAUGGUUAUGAAUAUGAGUUUAAAAAAUCUUAUUAUGUAUUAAAAAUAAAUUUACUGUAAUUGUGAUUUGUAAUUAUGUUUUAAUUUAAUAUGUAAAGAAAUGGUCUUCAUUAUGUUUAAGUGAUUAUUAAUCUCAGUACUAUUAUCCUUUCAUGUUUAUUUACAUUAGUUAAGUAUAUUUGUAUGAUAAAAUGGAAAUUGUUUUAAGGUAAUCUAAAAAAAAUUCGCUGUGCUUACUGUCAAACUGAAGUCAAAUAAUAAUAAUAAUCUAUGGUAAAGAAAAGCUGUUUUUUGAAAGAUAAUUUUAAAUUUGUUAGUGGUUAAAAAUGUAUAACAAAUUAUUCUUUCCUGUGUUUAUUGUCUGAGUAGAGUUGCAUAGAUCAAAGUCAACAUCAACCAAAUAUUAAUCCUGUAAAGUCUGUUUUUUGGUAUAAAAUAUUUUUUUUGUUUAAACUUGAAAAUUAGCUGUGCUGAAUUUGUAAUAUUUGUCUGUGAAUAUAUGCCAAAUUAUAAUCCUUUAAUUAAAAAGCAGUUACACAUUGUCAUGUGUUUAGAAUAUAAUUUGAGUAAUAUUUCACUGUAUGUGAUACCAAAAUAUUGAUUAUAUGUUGUUAAUGUGUAAUUGUUUCAUUUCAUGGUAUUCUGCAGUUUUUUUACAGAAUCUAUCAAUAUACAUUACUGUACCAAUAAAUAAGAUUUAUAGUUCUUUUCUUUAAGGAAUUCAAAAUAAGUUUUAACAUUUUCCAAAUUAUUGUAUAUAUUUAUUUCUUUUUGCUUUACCAAUCUUUUCCAUUGCUUAUAUCAUGAAAUAAAUGUUUGAACUUUUAGUACAAUAAACAUCAUCUUUUAAAACAAGUAGAAAUUCAUAAGCAGUGAGUGAUCCUAAAACAUUUUACAAGUCAGCUUCUAAUAUCUUUCCUCUCAAUAUUUUUUCUAGGGAAAGGCUUUGCAGUGUGAACUGUCAUAGAAUACAUUGCAUCUAAACAAUGUUUUGCAUUGAGCAUCACUUUUGUCUUGUGAUUACAUAUGUUAAACAAACACAUAUUAAAAAUUGCUUUUAUCGGAUAAUUUUCAUUUUCUUGCUUGUUAAAAGUAUUUUUUGUGAAUUAUAUUAGACAUUCAAAAUAUAUGCAUUAUUUUAAAUUCUUCAUCCAUAUUCAGUGAGAGUUGAAAAUGUUACUGGAUUUUUUGCUUGAUGCAGUUAGUAAAUGGAAAAUAUUUGCAUUUUGCCUAAAGUUCUUUACAGUAGGUUGGUAAUCAUUUUCUUAAGUUAUGAAGUAGAAAUUUAUGUAUAACUGAAGCUGAUUAUUUGAUAGUAUUCAUGGUUCUGAUUAAAAAAUUAGUCUUUUUAAAACUAAUUGUAAAACCAUAUAUUGAGAUCACUAGUUAUUUUUUCAAAUAAUUAAUCAAGGCGGCCUAUGCUUAUAUAUUUUUAGAAAUUAUGAAGAGGAAGUAGGCACAUUUAAAUCCAGACUACAAUGAUUUUUACUUAAUAAUUAAAGUUUCCAAAUCAUGAUUUUCAGUAUUGUGUAAUAAAGUAGUAAAGGUUUUAUUGUUAUUUUAAUCUUGUUAAAAUGAAUUUUUCAUAUGUAUCAGUGCAGUGUAAUGAAUAUAUGUGAAUUAUUACUGAUGACAAUUUUGAUGGGGUUGCAACUCAAACAUUUUGUAAAGCAUCUACUUAGUUUUAAAUAAAAUGUAAUGAAUUUUGCAUUUCUUUCAUACAUGAAAGAUUAGCAAUUGUAACCAAAAAAUCAAUCCAGUUUAUAGCUAUUAAAGAAAAAGUACAUAAAUUUAUGUUAAAUUGCAAGUAUAAGUAAUAUAGGAUUCCAGAAUAAUUUAAUGUAAUUUUAUGUUUGCACUAUUCUGAGAAUUAAAUUUGAAUAUGUAAUAUAUUUGUUCAUGCACUGUCUGUAGUUAUUGGUGUCAACAUAUAGUGCCAUUUUCUUUUGAUCAGCUUUCUUCUGAUUGCCAUGCAAAAUUUUGUGUUACAUGAAUAUUUCCAUUUUAAAAUAAUAGGAUGAACAUGUGAAUUAAAGAAUUUUAAAAUUCUGUACAUGUCCUGUGCAAAAAUGAAUGGGGUUAAAAAUGCAUAUGCCUCAUCUAGUGCUGUGGAGAAUGUAAUGUGAAAUUUUCUGAGUAUUUUAAUUUAUUACUUUUAAUGUAACAUACUCAAAUAAUUAUGAUUUUAACUUCUUUAAUCACUUUUUGUCCAUUUUUAAUGUGUGUGUUUUUAGUUUUUGUAAAUAUUUUUUUUUUUUUUUUUUCUGUGGUGCUCAAUCUGCUGUGAUAGCUGUCAUUUCUAUUCAAUGCCAUCCAUCAUAUAGUUUUGACAUUAAAGUACCUUUGUACUUUGCUAAUGGCUCUCAGCAUCACUUGAGAAUAAUAAAUUAUAGUUGAAGUUUGAAUUACUUUAAAUAAAUAUCUUUUACUUACAGUUUUGGGAGUUUUUCUUGUACUUGAAAACAUUUACAUUAUUUGUUGCAAUUAUAAUGUAUAGUAGUAAUCUCGGAAGUCUGUUAAUCAUAUUCUUAUCAGAAGAUUAAGAAAAGUUCUUUGAAAUUCUUGUCUUAACAGCUGAAAGUUUUUUUCCCCCCUUUAGCAGUAGAUAUGGGGAUUUUACUUCUAUCUAUUAUUAUUAUUGUAUUCUGUAUUCCGACAAGCUGUAUACACUUUGCAGGUGCUGCAAUUUACAGUAUAUAAUAUCCUCUUUCCUUUUCUUGCAAAAUGUGGUAUGUUAUUAGGGAAGGUAAUUUAAGAUGCAAAAUUAUUGUUAUAAAAGGAGGAAGAAAUGUUCUGAAAAUGCUUUUAAAAUGGUAUAGAUAAAAUUUGUAUAUUCAUUUAUAUUAACAUACUUUAUUCAUUUUUGAAUUAGAUAUUAUAAACUUAAUGUUAAUUAUUAGCAGACUAUAGUAAAUAACAUAAGUGACCAUCUUUAAGAAAUAAAUAUGGCACUUAUUAUGUUUUGAAUUAUUAUGUAAUGAAAGUCACUGGUGUAUUGAGCUCAGGAGAUCCUGCUAUUUGGAGAAACUCCACUCGUGAUUAUCAGAAAUCAGUCUUGGGAUAUAUCUUGUAGGAAUACAGAAACAAAGUUUAAUCAAGUUUCCAUCUUCUAAUUUAAUUCAAAUUUGGUUAUCAGUGUUGUCCCUCAUAGUUGUCAUCUCCAUCCACUGCUUCUUCAUCAGGCAAGUCAUUCUAGCCAUACAAUGCAAAAAAGGUCCAACUCUGUGUGUCUCUUUAUUAUUGAACAUUUUGUUGGGGAAAGGGACACACUUGAUGGUUGCUGCUACUUCUAGUGAAUGUAGUAUAGAUAUGAAGCAUUUGCUUUUAUCAAAAUUUCUGCCCAAGAAAAUUGUGCAUCUCAUCCAAAUAUCUCACUUUUUCAUAAUGGGGGAUUUUGUUAAGGGCAGCCCAGUCCCUUUUUUGCUGCCAAAAAAACAUUAAAAUUAGGCACCUUUAUUAGAAUCUUUUUCAUGACAGCAGUUAAAUCAUUCACCAUAUUGUAUGUGUAACUGAUAUCCUCAAGAAUCUGGCUUUAGUCCAUAUGUGGUAUAUAUCACAUACUUGAGUUUGAAAUAUUUGACCUUUAGCUGUUGGAAAGCUGCUUGACUGUCAAGUCUGACUUUCUUGUAGUGUAUGCCUUCUGGCUGCAGCUUCAUGCUAGAACUGUGACAUGUUGAAAGCAUUACAGGCAUUUGUAUUAAAGAGCACAGGUUUCACUAAGUGGAAAAGUAUAUUCAAGAGGUAUCUUUGUAGCUGUUCAGUAGUUCAGUUCAUUAUCUCACUUAAUGCCUGCCAAUUAUGGCUUUUAUUUCCUUGAAAAUGUUCUUUUAAAUUUUCUUUAGUUAAGUUUUUCUGAGAGUGCUGUCAUCUGGCAUUGUACUUUACAUGUAUAUUUUGAAGAAAGAAUUUGUUGCGGGAUUGUUUCUCUUGAACCCUAAAAUUUCUGACUGGACUGCCUUUGUGAUAAUCUGCCCUGAAUGAUUGAUUGACAUGUUUUUCUUUUCCUGAAAUAAAUUUGUGUGCUAAAAUA